GUGCAAACAAAAAUAGGUGACUGGGCUUUGCUUACUAUCCAUUAGUGGAUGCAGCAUGUUUGAAAAGAUUUUUUUAAAAAAUACAUGCAAAGGAUUUAUCAGAAGCCCUCAUGAAUAUUUCAUGAGUUGAUAUAUUCAGCUGAAUGAAUUCAGCGAGUGUCAGUGUGUAGCUUGCAGACAGACCUCAUCCACAAGGAGGCUACUGACAUAGGAAGCACUUUGGCGCAUUUUCAGAGGCAAAGCCAGGCUGAUAAAGCUCCUUGUGACAGGCUGACUUGCCAUUCUUCGAUUAUGCAGUUCUUGCUCUAAGCAGCUCCUACACUGGAGCCACAGCUUCCUAAAUUAAACUGAGAACAGUUUGCAGACUUACCAGCCUCCUAACCUGCAGCUGUGUCCCUGCUAUGUUUGAGGUUUUUGUUUUGGAUGGUGAAAGCCAGCACUCCAUAUAAGACAUGACAGCAAAAGAUUCUUCAAAAGAACUUACUGCUUUUGAAUCUGAGGUUUACAUAAAGACUUUCAAGGAGCAAAUGCACUUAGAACUUGAGCUUCCGAGACUACCGGGAAACAGACCUACAUCUCCUAAAAUUUCUCCACGCAGUUCGCCAAGGAACUCACCAUGCUUUUUCAGAAAGUUGCUGGUGAAUAAAAGCAUUCGGCAGCGUCGUCGCUUCACUGUGGCUCAUACAUGCUUUGAUGUGGAAAAUGGCCCUUCCCCAGGUCGGAGCCCGCUGGAUCCCCAGGCCAGCUCUUCCUCUGGGCUGGUACUUCAUGCCACCUUUCCCGGGCACAGCCAGCGCAGAGAGUCCUUUCUCUACAGAUCAGACAGUGACUAUGACUUGUCACCAAAGGCGAUGUCGAGAAACUCUUCACUUCCAAGCGAGCAACAUGGCGAUGACUUGAUUGUAACGCCUUUUGCCCAGGUCCUUGCCAGCUUGCGAAGUGUGAGAAACAACUUCACCGUACUGACCAACCUCCACGGAACACCCAACAAGAGGUCUCCAGCUGCCAGUCAGCCAUCUGUCUCCAGAGUCAACCUGCCAGAAGAAUCUUAUCAAAAAUUAGCAAUGGAAACGCUGGAGGAACUGGACUGGUGCUUAGACCAGCUAGAGACCAUACAGACCUACCGCUCUGUCAGCGAGAUGGCGUCUAACAAGUUCAAAAGAAUGCUGAACCGGGAGCUGACACACCUUUCAGAAAUGAGCCGAUCGGGGAACCAGGUGUCUGAAUACAUUUCAAAUACUUUCUUAGACAAGCAGAAUGACGUGGAGAUUCCAUCUCCCACCCAGAAAGACAGGGAGAAAAAGAAAAAGCAACAGCUCAUGACACAGAUAAGCGGAGUGAAAAAACUGAUGCAUAGUUCAAGCUUAAAUAAUACAAGUAUCUCACGCUUUGGAGUCAACACGGAAAAUGAAGAUCAUCUAGCCAAGGAGCUGGAAGACCUGAACAAAUGGGGCCUUAACAUCUUCAAUGUGGCUGGAUAUUCACACAAUAGGCCCCUAACAUGCAUCAUGUAUGCCAUAUUCCAGGAAAGAGACCUCCUAAAGACAUUCAAAAUUUCAUCUGACACCUUUGUUACCUACAUGAUGACUUUAGAAGACCAUUACCAUGCUGAUGUGGCAUAUCAUAACAGCCUACACGCUGCUGAUGUAGCCCAGUCAACCCAUGUUCUUCUUUCUACGCCAGCCUUAGAUGCCGUCUUCACAGAUUUGGAAAUCCUGGCCGCCAUUUUUGCAGCUGCUAUUCAUGACGUUGAUCAUCCUGGAGUCUCCAAUCAGUUUCUCAUCAACACAAAUUCAGAACUUGCGUUGAUGUAUAAUGAUGAAUCUGUGUUGGAAAACCAUCACCUUGCCGUGGGUUUCAAACUGCUCCAAGAAGAACACUGUGACAUCUUCCAGAAUCUCACCAAGAAGCAGCGUCAGACACUCAGGAAGAUGGUUAUUGACAUGGUCUUAGCAACUGAUAUGUCCAAACACAUGAGCCUGCUGGCAGACCUGAAGACAAUGGUAGAAACAAAGAAAGUUACAAGUUCCGGCGUUCUUCUCCUGGACAACUAUACUGAUCGUAUACAGGUCCUUCGCAACAUGGUACACUGUGCAGACCUGAGUAACCCCACCAAGUCCCUGGAAUUGUAUCGGCAAUGGACAGACCGCAUCAUGGAGGAAUUUUUCCAGCAGGGAGACAAAGAGCGGGAGAGGGGAAUGGAGAUUAGCCCCAUGUGUGAUAAGCACACAGCUUCCGUGGAAAAAUCCCAGGUGGGCUUCAUCGACUACAUUGUCCAUCCGCUGUGGGAGACCUGGGCGGACCUGGUACAGCCUGAUGCCCAGGACAUUCUGGAUACUUUAGAAGAUAACAGGAACUGGUAUCAGAGCAUGAUACCCCAGAGUCCCUCCCCACCACUGGACGAGCAGAACAGAGACUGCCAGGGUCUGAUGGAGAAGUUUCAAUUUGAACUGACCCUCGAAGAGGAGGAUUCUGAAGGCCCCGAAAAAGAAGGAGAGGGCCACAACUAUUUCAGCAACACAAAGACACUCUGUGUGAUCGAUCCGGAAAAUAGGGAUUCACUGGGAGAGACUGAUGUAGACAUCACAACAGAAGACAAGUCCCCGAUUGACACAUAAUCUCCCUCUUCCUAUGGAGAUGAACAUUCCACCCUUGACAAGCAUGCCAGCUGUAUGGUAGGGCCAGCCCACCAUGGGGGCCGAGGCCUGCACGGGACAAGGGCCUCCCGGCCUUUCCAGUUACUUGAGUUUGGAGCCAGAAUGCAAGACCGGGAAGCACAUAGCAGCUCAGGAAAUUCCACAGUUGACUUGCCUUGCUUGCAAGCUUAGUGGAGAGCUGAAGGUUUCUGUGGUUCUGGAGGCCAAGUUCGCAUCACAACCGAAUGGCUUGAAAAUGGAAGACACAAAACUGAGAGAUUUUUCUGCACUAAGUUUUGGGAAUCUGUCCCCUCUAGUGACUGAACUGACUGACUAAUAAUGUCAUUUCUAUAUCUGCUCACCUGUCCCCUUGUCUGCCAACCUGUGUGCCUUUUUUGUAAAACAUUUUCACGUCUUUAAAAUGCCUGUUGAAUACCUAGAGUUUAGUAUUAACUUCUACACAGAUAAACGUUCAAAGUUGACAUAAACUUUUCUGACUCUUUCUGGGGGAAAAAAAAAGGAAAGAAAAUGGUCUUCCUCCUUUCUUGGGCAAUAUCUUUCACUUGACUAUAGUUACUUUUGCAAAUAGAAAGGCUACGCUUCUAACCACAUUCAACUUCCUUCUCCUAUGGUCCCAAACAACUCCUUAGUUGCCCUUAUAAAGUAUCUCUGUUUGCCUGCUUCCAACAGUAUUUUUUCUCCUCUAGAGUUGCACUUUGUUGAACAAACUAAGGGGUAGUCAUGUUGUUCACAGUAACAAUCUGUGUAGAAUUCAGCUUCAUGAGCAGUUACCCUGUCGGGUCCCGAACCCCUGUGCCACUGGGGUCGCACAGUCCCCAUCCUGUUCUCUUGCACCCCUCUUCAUGCUAACACCAGUUACACCGUUUCCAGUUUAAUGCUGCCGUCUUUCUCUUGCACUGCCUUCCGCGCUAUCACCUCCGUUUCUGUUUAUAACCGUGUAUUUAUUACUUAAUGUAUAUAAUGUAAUGUUUUGUAAGUUAUUAAUUUAUAUAUCUAACAUUGCCUGCCAACGGUGGUGUUCAAAUUGUGUAGAAGACUCUGCCUAAGAGUUACGACUUUUCCUGUAACGUUUUGUAUUGUGUAUUAUUAUAGAACCUGAACAUCGCUGAAGAGAGACAUACGGGCCCCUCACCAGUUGGGUCUGCCCUUUUCCUGGUCUGAGUUGCUAAUACUGCUCAACCCCUUCAUGAACUGUUUUGGAAACGGGAUUCUCACAUUAGAUACUAAUGGUUUCUAUUGAGCUUUUACUUUUGUAUAGUUUGAUAGGGGUAGGGGGCAGUGGGAUGUGGUUUUUACCCCUGUUUUAUCCAAAUCUGUACACAUGAGUUGAGUUUUAACUGGGUUCUACUAUAAUUGUGGCUUCGGUUUAACAAGAAACACUACAUUCAGUUUAACAAGCAACUCACAGAUGGUUCUCUGGAGAGUCCCCAAACUACUGACUUUGAAGAGGAAGCCCCCUGCCUGCUGUUAAGCAGGAAUAUCAUGUUCCAAUUAAUUACAAAAGAAAACAAUAAAACAAUGUGAAUUUUAUAAUAAAAUGUGAACUGACUUAGUAAAUUAUGCAAAUGUGAAGCUUCUGAUAACACUUGUUAGGCCUCUGAGUGGCUUCAGUCUCUGUUUGUAAAAUCUAUUUCAUGCUUUCAGUUCAGCAUUGUGACUCAGUAGUUCAAGAAAUGGCACAAAUGUGCAUGACCAAUGGGUUUGUAUGUCUAUGAACACUGCUUAUUUCAGGUGGACAUUUUAUUGUUUUCCAAAGUUUCUCACAAUGUAUGUUAUAGUAUUAUUAUAUAUUGUGCUCAGAUGCAUUCUUAAGAGACUUUUAUAUGAGGUGAAUAAACAAAAGCAUGAUUAGAUUA